CUUUGUGACGUGACGUGAGGAGCCCCCGCGGCUCCCGACAGGGGGCGCCAUUUCCCUCACGCUGCCCCCCAAACGAGAGGCGAGUCAGCGUGUGCGCGCGCGCGCGCUGCAGCAUCGCGCCGCGGCCCAGACACGAUCCGGGACCUCGCAGCAGCCUCCGGAUUCAGGAGCGGAACCGGGACCGGGACACGGCCAUCCCCCCUUCCGUCAUGACAUGUAGCUGCGACGAUGGCUGCCGUGCGAGUGUUUCGUGGGCUGGUUUUGGCGUGCUUGUGCGCGCUUUGGGAGGCCAAGUCCGUGCACGAGUUUUUUGAGGUCCAAAUCAAGGUCCAAGUGUUGGACAGCGGCGACUUAUCUCCGCUGGCCGACGCCCUGGUGCAGGUCCACGGCAAUCAGAGCGUGUCGGCGAGCGCCCGCGCCGGAGCCGACGGCGCUGUGAAGGUGGACUUCCGGUACCGCGCCGCCACCUGGGUCAUCAUCAGCGCCGCCAAACCCGACUACGUCACCAACUCGGUGCCCUGGUACUCGGGCCGCCCUCCCCUGUACGCCUCGGUCAGUUUGUACCUUCUGGCUCGUCGACCCGGGACGCUGAUUCUGUACGAUGACGUCCUUCAGAUUCUGUCCAGCUCGCCAGGUGGCGCCGAGCGUCCCGUGGCGCAGCUUCCCAGGAAGUCGCUGCGCCUGCCGCCCGGCUCCGACGGCACGGCGCUGUCGGCCUGGCUGACCGGCGCCGGGACCCGGGACGAGAUGGGCGGCUUCCCCUUCCUGCUGGGCCGGGAGACCGACGGCUCAGGCGCAGACCCGGGUUGGACCGACUUGACGCCGCUGGCGCUGGUCAGCAUCGAGCUCUCGGACCAAGAUGGCCACCCCGUGGGGGUUUCCGACUCCAUCCGCGUUUCUGUGCCGCUGCCGUCCGACACCCUCAACGAGAUGGCCACCAGCGUGCCCUCUUGGAUGUACCAGCACAGCACGGGACUUUGGGUGCGCAACGGGACGGGCUACGUCCAGAAGGAGGGCUCGCGCUUUGUCUGGACCGCCGUCCUUCCUCAGACGGGUUGCUGGUUGGCCGCCUUUCCCGCUUCCUCAGGACUGGGUCCGAGCCACCCGGGCCUGAGGGACAUCAACGCCUACCAUACCCUGUUCCUGCUGGCCAUCCUGGGCUCCCUGGCUCUGCUGGUUCUCAUCCUGCUCUGUGUUCUGCUUUACUACUGCAGGCGGAGGUGUUUGAAACCACGUCGGCAGCCGGGGAAACCUCUGUCUUCCAACGUCAACGGCGCCAAGCGGGACCAGGGCACGUCCACGUCACGCCUCAAUCUGAUAUGCGGCGGGCACGCCGAGUCGGGCCCGUCCGCCGACAAGUCGGACCUGUCCCCUUCUCGCGAGGACCCGACCGAACAGCUGCGACGCGCCACGGGAAAAAACCUUUUGCCAUCCCAGCGCGGCGAAAGCUUCGCCAUGAAGGUGACGCGAGCCACUGACACCAACAACCUGGACAACCCGCUGCCGCGCGAAGACUACAACCGGGCCUACGGUCCCGCCGAAGCCGGAGAGUCCGAGUAUCGCCGGCGCCGCAGCGCCAACGACAAUCGCGGGUACUCGUCCGACCCGCCGUCCCCGCCGCGCUUCCAGGGUUACGUACCGAGCCAGCCCGACAAACCGCCGGAAUACUCGGCCGCCGACGGCCUGGCUCGGCCCACCUCCCUCGGCGCCCGACCGGGCCAGAUCAUCUUCUGCAGCUCCGUCGACCAGAUGAAGGAGAACAUGUACCGCAGCAUGGUGCCCACCCUGGUCAUCCCCGCCCACUACAUGCGCAUUCCCUCGGAGUUCGCCGGCGCCAAGGACGGCAAGGAGCAGAAGGAAGCGGCGGACAGAGACGGCGUCCAGGUGGGCGGAGCCCAGCAGAAGCAAGGUCAGCGGCACCAGGGUCAGGGCAGCCCCCGCGGGGACGAGUCGGAGGAAGCCGGCUGGGCGACCGAGCCGUCCGGCGGACCCGUCGCCAUCCCGGUGCUCUUCAACGACUCCGCCAUGGCCCAGAUGAACGGAGAGCUGCAGGCUCUGACGGAGAAGAAGCUUCUGGAGCUGGGCGUCAAGCAGCAUCCGCGGGCGUGGUUCAUCUCCUUGGACGGCCGCGCCAACGCCCACGUGCGCCACUCCUACAUCGACGCCGGCAACGACCUCAGCGGAUUCGGGGGCUCUUCCAGAGACGCCAACCUGGCGCCGCCCCUGGAGGCUCAGGAGCGCGAGGCCGACCACCAGCGGCGCUGUGCCGGGACCGGCAAAGGCUACUCGGGCGACGGGCGCCCCGUGUCGCCCGAGGAGAACUCCCUCACGCCGCUUCUGGACGAGGGGCCGCCCUCCCGCGGAAGGGGGCGGGGCCGCGACUCCGCCGCCGCGACCCCAGACGACAACGACGACGACGACAGAGAGGAGAACAGGAAAAGCCCCUGGCAGAAGAUCGAAGACAGGCCGCUCAUGGUCUUCCAUCCCAGGAAGUGAAGGAAACGCCGUCCGAGCUUCUCGUGCGCACCGUUGCGCUCCGGGUCCUCGCUCGGAAGACCCCUCCCAUGUUGCGGCAGAAGGACGAGGCGCGCUAUUGCCUUCCACCUCCUUGAGAACACAUUUCUGGAGACGAGUAGAAUGAGUCGGGCGCGCUAGUGGAAGCGUUGGGCCGUUCCAAUUCUGCCUUGCCUUGACAUGAUCGUCUGCACUAGUAUAACAAUGACAUGUUACUAUUGUGAUGAAACGGUGCACUAGUUAACGACCCUGCGCUACUUGGACUACCAGCAAUCGGUGACAAUCUACCAGUUAUACGUCCAGCACUAUGUCAACCAGUACAGUUUUACCGCACUAGUAACAUGUGGUUGUUCUACUAGUGUACUAUUCUAGUUGUACUACUUCACUGAAUUGCUUUUUUUUUUUUUUUGUGAAACGUAUUCGAAGAAGGGCAGCAUCGUACUCGCUGACAUUAGUUCAGACGACUAAAACAACAACGACGUCACGUUGAAGCCAAAUCGUGCACUAGUUGACGAGUGCGCGCCACUGGCACAACUACGGACUUUAUCAAAUUCUCCAGCGGCGUAUAGACUACUAGUCAGCUCACGUAGACUUGGAGCUGGCUAAUAGCGCUAGCGUUGAGAAUACUGACGGCGCAGCGGAAGUCCAAAGUGUAACAAAGGUCACGUGUAACCGGAAUGUUCUCCUUCGUGAGGACAAAGAGCGCGUUUGCAAUUGUGCGCGGCGCCGGGACGGGACGCCCCAAAAAGGUCCAAUCGCGAGAAGCACAAGCACCCCGCCGCCAAACUUUUUUGACAAGCAGCUGUUUUGAAAACACUACCGACGUUCUUUCGGGUCGGCGACUUGAACGUCAGAUCGGCGCCGUGAUCUUGUUUCGGACUCGAUUUUUGGAAACCGUUUUUCCCCGUGAAAUCCAAAUGCUGUCAAUCUGUCCCUGAAAGUUUGGACUACGUUUUCUACAUUCGCACGUUUGUAACCGAUAAAUGAAUAUUCGUACAGGAGUGGAAUAUUCCGUAGAUGGGUCGAUUCCCAGUCAUUGCGCCAACACCCGACCUCCGCCCCGACCCAUUGAAGCGUCGCUUCAGGAAAAGGAAGGUUUUUUUAUUUUGGUGUGUCUGCGGUCGAAUCCCCCGACCGCGCGCAAGCGCCCGUACGAGUCUCGAGCGGUGGGCUGAGAAGAAAUUCCGAAUCGGCGUCAUUUUGAUUGGAAUGACGAAAAGACCCGACCGACACCAGGGCAAAAUAUUCAAAAGCGGAGAACGUUUGAAAACGACGAGCUCGGCCCCGAGGUGACGGUUUCACCGGCGUGACCUUUUUACCCCAACUCGAUGACAUUUCUGAGCACCAGUAAGACAACUGCAUGUCAUUAGUGAACUGGGUCCAGUUCUACCAGCUAACAUCUUAGUACUGCACUCCUAUUUUGCCUCACCGGUUGUCGUACAUGUUGUCGUACUAGUGUGCAAAAAAUGUUGUGGAAAAAAGUUUUGAAGACGUCGUCCUUGCGCUUGUGAGUUCUUUGUCCGCACUAGUAAGAUGAUUGGACACGCUCACCGAGUGACGAGAUCUCACUAGUGACGCUUUUUCCACAAGUGUACGACAUUUCCCUGCCCUCGUAAAACGACGCACGACAUUCCAACUGUGUGCUACUGCGACCACUCGCGAUGAGAGAGAGAAAAGUCGAGCAGUUAAGCGCUGGCACAAUUUUAAGGAAAGACAAAAAGUCGUGUCAAGGAAAUGGAGCACGCGGUCAGUAGCGCCGUGCGUCCGUGGAAGGAAGGUCCGCGCCCAAGCCCCGCCUCCACCUGAAUCCUCAGGUCCGCGCCGCCUCCAAGUGCCUUCCUCUCUGGCCAGAUGGAGGAGGUCACGAGCCCCGCCCGCUUUUCCCGUCCGUCCACAAACGGCGACAAAAAGCGGCCUCGUCUUUUCCUUCUUGUUGAAAGAAAAACAACAACUGCCGGUGGGAUCUUCUUUGUGUUUGUUGUUGACGACUGCGAAUCGGCCACACCGGCCGGCCGCCGCACUUUCUUCUUCUUGUGCUUGUGCUUGUGAAAAUGAGGAGCCACAGGCCUUCGUCACGUGACAAGUGUAAUCUUUGUGUACAAAAAUAGAAAUAAAUGUGUUGGUCACUCA